AUGGAUUACGGCUGGCUGUUGUUUCUGUUUUCUGCACUUUUAAUUGAUCUUCAUGGUGUUCAUGCAUUGUUUGUAACCGAUAUUAGUGUACCGGAAAUUGUGGAUUUUCGGGAUAAUGUAACACUAGUAUGUAACUACGAUAUGAGUGGACAUACUCUCAACUCGGUGAAAUGGUAUAAAGAUCAUCUGGAAUUCUUUCGAUAUACACCUCUGAUGCAUCCGGUGUAUAUAAAGUUUCCAGUAACCGGAUUACAAGUGCUCGAUGGCUCUUACUAUUGCAAUGAAUCCAGUUGUCGGCUUGGAUUGAGUUUACAAGGAGCCAAGUCGACGGGAGUUUACAAAUGUGAGGUUAGUGGCGAUGCUCCCCACUUUAAGCUGGCGGCCAAAGAGGACAACAUGACGGUAGCAGCUCUACCUCAAAGCGACCCGCUAAUCGAAAGCUUCAAUUCGAUGUACCGCAUGGAGGAGUUUCUGAGUGCCACCUGCUCCUCGGACUAUUCGAGUUUACCAACCCGACUUACCUGGUACAUCAAUGGCGAGCAGCCGCUGCUGGGUGAGCUACAGCCCACCAUAGACACAAGCAUUCCGGCCCAUGAUUAUGUUCUACGAAGACAGCGCCUGCAGGUGCAUUUCUAUUUGCAGGGCCAACGAUUCUAUCAGUCGGGCAAAAUACUCGAGCUAAAGUGCGUAGCGGAAAUUGAGAAUUAUCCGGAGCUGCGUCGCGAAACGUCGCUUAGUGCAUCGCUGUCACAAUUCGAUAAUUUCAACAAUCAAAUGCUGAGACAUGCGGGCGCAAAUUCGGCUGCUGCCACACAAAGGAACUGCAUUUCGGCAAGGACGACGUUAAUUUCCGUUUGUUUUGUGAUAAUUUCGUUAGCGAAAUGUUUGCAACGGCCAUCAUGAACAGUCAUAUGGGGAAUCAAGGAAACCGUAUCCGAAAUGCUUUGGAUGACAGUUUUGCCAACUAUAUCAACACAUUAGUUAGCUAGUUAGUUAGGAUAGCAGACAGCUCGGUUUGAAAUCAGAGACAGAGAUUUAGUCAAUAAAGUGAGUAACUGGAGUGCGCGACAAUUGCCAUUUGUGUAUAUAUAUAAAGCAAUCUGACAAGAAGAAGAAGAAGUAGAUGGAAGAGAUGGAAACGUGAUCUCUCAAAAUUACAUCAUUUCAAUGUGUGUGAAAAUUAAAAGUGAAGUACCUACACAAUAAGCAAAUUAUAUAUACAACAUAUAAAGCAAUGUUACUUCCAUUAAAAAUCUUUUUACAAACUUUUCUGUUUAGAAUGUAAUUUUAUUGAAUUUAAUUCAACAUUAUUUCCAGAUUGAGCAAUAUUGAAGGACACUAAAAUUGUUUAGACUUUCGAUAGAUUUCUGAUUUAGAUUAGGUUUUAUACUUAAUAAUAUUGGAAUGCGGGUUUUUUUUAGUGCAUAGAUUUCUAUUGGUUAAGAUGUACAUAUAUAGUUUUCAUUUUGUUUCCACUCACAUUUACUAUUAAUAACUUGAAUCCAAUUACUUACACAGGAUGAAAAACACAAAAACAAAUUAAUGCACUUCAAACAAGCAAAAAUUCUGCUUGAUAUUAGUCAUAAAAAAAACACAAACA